GCAGGGUUGACAGCUAACCAGCGCAGCGCUCUCCAGCAGCAGCUGAUGGUAACCAGUUAGCCGCAGCGGCACCGUUAUGCUUUUGAUUUCGGUCAGACACUAACCGUCACACUGAGCUCCACGUCCCGAGGAAGAGCCGCCGUUCACGUUAAUUCACACACAGUAUGGCGGUUGUUCCUAAAAACCGUGACAGCUCUUCGUCUGUGUAGUUAGCCAGCUAGCUAGCUAGGUAAAGUUGAUAGCAGAGAGUAGCAUCAACGCUAGCUAGCUAAGUUCCAGCGGAUUCUUACAAGCUGGCAUCAAAGAAACCGUCUCGUCAGCCAUGGGAAUAUUAUUCACCAAGCUAUGGAGGCUUUUUAACCAUCAAGAACACAAAGUCAUUAUUGUGGGCCUGGACAAUGCCGGCAAGACCACAAUCCUUUACCAGUUUUCAAUGAACGAGGUGGUGCACACCUCUCCUACGAUUGGGAGCAACGUAGAGGAGAUUGUUGUCAACAACACUCAUUUCCUGAUGUGGGACAUCGGGGGUCAAGAGUCACUGAGGUCAUCGUGGAACACAUACUACACAAACACAGAGUUUGUCAUCGUGGUGGUCGACAGCACAGACAGAGAAAGGAUCUCUGUGACCAAAGAGGAACUUUACAGAAUGCUCGCACAUGAAGAUUUAAGAAAGGCCGGGUUGUUGAUAUUCGCCAACAAGCAGGAUGUGAAAGGUUGCAUGUCUGUGGCUGAGAUCUCUCAGAGCCUUCAGCUUACCUCUGUCAAAGACCACCAGUGGCACAUCCAGGCCUGCUGCGCCCUCACUGGGGAGGGGCUGUGCCAGGGUCUCGAGUGGAUGAUGUCACGGCUGCGUGUGAGAUGAUGACCUCUGACCUUGAUCAAGAGUGCACCCUUGCUCUGUGUUUCAUCUGCCUCCAGACAUAAACUUGAAAUGAGGAUGGGGGUGAGGUCGGUUGAUGGGCGGCCCUCUCCUCUUUCCUGUGAUGCUGACGCGGGCAGGCCGCUGCCAGGACGUUAAAAUUCCUCUGUGAUAAUUUAUUUUACAAAAGACGUUUGAACUCAGAACAAAAAAAACAACAACCACAUGACCUUUUCUGAAGGACAUUGAACAACAAAAGACUCAAAUUAUUUAAAUUUGUGCACGGUUUUCCUUUUCAGCAGAACACAGGAGUCAGCAGAGCGUCUGACUCGGACUGUACAUGGACUUCUUCUUCAGCUGUGUGUGACUCCAGCCCACGGUGGCCUUGCAGUAUUGCCAGACUGGCUGUGGCAGUUUUUAUUGCCACCCCUGUGUGUACAGUCCAGUAUUCUCUUUUAACGUGGUGCCUGCAGCAGAAUGUUCAAGUGAUGAUGGUUGAUGGAGACUGAAACAUGCAGACAGGAGGGUAAAAUCACAAGAUACCCUCCUCCUUUCAGUCCCUAUGAAUAAUCAGUGAAAUAAAGUGUUUUUAUCUGUUUCGGGUGAA